ACUGUAAAUAGAAUUCAAGAUGGCGGUUGUUUGGAUUUCGUUUACGUUUAGUAUGGAGAAUCGAUAAUAAUUUGAAGAGAUGUGUGACCAUCGACAACUGCGAUCUCCUGCUCCUGUUGGGGUCGUGGAUCACGUUGGUUCUCUAUCAGAAAGUUUCGGUGAACUUGUGGAAAAUAGCGACUACAGUGAUAUCACACUCAUUGUGGAUGGGGGCCAGUUUCAAGGCCAUAAAGUCAUCUUAGCAGCAAGAUCAGAGUAUUUUAGAGCUUUAUUUUAUGGUGGUUUGAAAGAAUCACAGCCAGGAAUAUCUCAGAUAGAAUUACAUGAUGUUCCUGCUGCAGCGUUUUCUUCUUUAUUUAAAUAUAUCUAUACAGGUAGACUACAUCUUACAGAGAUAAAGGAGGAGAGUCAUAUAUUAGAUGUUCUAGGUUUGGCCCAUCGAUUUGGUUUUGAAGAACUCGAGACGGCUAUAUCUGAUUAUUUGAAAUCUGUUUUAGAUAAUCGUAAUGUGUGUCCAAUUUACGAUCUCGCCAACAUGUACAAUCUGACAUCUUUAUGUACCAUGUGUCAGGAGUUUAUCGAUAGAAACGCUUUUGAGAUUUUACACAGUGAAUCCUUCUUAUCUUUGUCACAGAAUUCUGUUAAAGAAUUGAUAGCAAGAGAUUCAUUUUAUGCCCAUGAAUUGGAUAUUUUUAAAUCAGUCUGUGAAUGGGCGGAGUUUAAUAACGGCCUGGACCCAACACCCAUACUAGACAGCGUUCGUCUCCCUCUAAUGACCAUGACAGAUUUAUUAAAUAAUGUUCGACCCACGUCACUCGUUCCUGCUGAUUGUAUAUUAGAUGCCAUCAAAACACAAACGGAAAGUCGAGCCAUGGAUUUAAAAUAUCGUGGACUUCUCAUACCAGAGGAGAAUAUCGCCACAGCGUUACAUGGAGCCCAUGUUUAUAGAGGAGAGAUGAAGUCGGGUCUGUUAGACGGUGAUUACCAUACUUACGAUUUAGAUCGUGGUUUCUCACGACAUCCGAUAGAUGAUAAUAAUGGUCAGGGUAUUGUGAUUAAACUUGAUAGACCAUAUAUAUUAAACAUGUUUAAACUUCUCCUCUGGGAUCGAGAUAUGAGGUCAUAUUCAUAUUAUAUAGAAGUGUCUAUGGAUGAUAAAGACUACAUCCGAGUGAUUGAUCAUACAGAGUAUCUGUGUAGAUCGUGGCAAAAAUUAUAUUUUCCGACCAGGGUGUGCAAAUAUAUUCGAAUUGUUGGAACUCAUAAUACUGUAAAUCGUGUUUUUCAUCUGGUGGCGCUAGAAGCUUAUUACACAAAUAAACCCUUUAUACUGGAUCGAGGUUUAAUAGUGCCGACGGAGAACGUAGCAACAAUCAAAAACAGUGCUGUGGUGAUAGAAGGUGUGAGUAGAAGUCGUAACGCGUUAAUCAAUGGAGAUGUUAAGAACUACGAUUGGGAUUCUGGUUAUACGUGUCAUCAAUUGGGUAGUGGAGCUAUUGUCAUUCAACUGGCACAACCAUAUGUCAUUAGUUCUAUGAGAUUAUUAUUAUGGGAUUGUGAUGAUCGUAGUUAUAGUUUUUAUAUCGAGGUAUCAGUCGAUCACCAAACCUGGACAAUGGUGGCUGAUAAACAAAGAGAAAUGUGCAAGGCGUGGCAGUUAAUAGAAUUUGCUCCGAUACCUGUAGCUUUUAUAAGAAUAGUCGGUACACACAACUCGGCUAACGAGGUUUUUCACUGUGUUCAUUUUGAAUGUCCUGCUGAUUUAAACGGUGUCAAUUCAGCUGCAUCACAUCGUGCACCCGGAAGUCCAUCUCAUCUAGUACCAAGUGUUUCACAGCAACCAGAAUCUUCAGCUUCUGGUAACCUAGGAAACCAAGGAGGUCAGGGCAAUCAGAUGCCACGUGUUCAAGGAAUUGAUAUUUAUCAAAACAAUGAUUUUCAACAAGAUACACCAGAAGCUGAUCGUAUUGACACAGUGUAAAUAGAGUUCUCUCCCCCUGAAUUGGUGUAGAGUUCUCUUCCUUUGUUGGAAACAUUGUGGGUUUUUUUUAACUCCCAAGAAUAUUUCUUCUUCGAUUAUUUAUUAAAAUUUGUUCAUAUUUUUUUUUGUACCAUCAUUUUACAUGUUUAUAGCCUAUUUAUGACUUGGUUACUACUCAGUGUUAUUCAUGUGAUUCAGGUUCUAUAUUAGAUACCUAGCUUAUCACAGAAAUGUUUCUUUCAUUAGGUUACCAUUUGUGAGACACACUUUAAAGGGUAUCUUGUCUCUUUCUUUAAAGGGUUUUUGUCUCCUUAUUUCAAUAUGGUACGAUUUACGAUCCCGGAAACAUAUCUUAUGUAUAUUAUUUUCGUAUUAUUGCAUUUAUAUUUUUGCUAUGAUCUCUCUUGCUAGUCAGCUUCAUUGCUGGAAGCUUUAGAUAAAUUUAAGAAAAUAUAGUUUCUGCCACUUUUAUAGUAUGUUAUACCUUUGUUCGUUAUGUACAUAUAUAUUAAAUUAAUAGAUAGGGCACCUGUUUUUAUGAUUGAUUGUUUAGACAUACAUUAUGCAAGAGCUAAAUCUGCCUAUUGCAGGUCUUUCUUUAGGUCUGAAAUGUUAUCUAGACAUUAAUUAACUUAUCCAGAUCAUAAUCACAAAUCUUGAUGUCAUGGCUAGCCAACGAUAUUUACUGGAUUAUAAUCCGAUUUGCUGCUAAACUUUCAUUCAUGAUUUAAUCAUGAAAUAGAUAAUAAAGACUAUGUUUUUUAGCGUACCAACUUUAGUAAUGAUGAUCAAGGCUAGGCCAAAAUUCAAUCGCUAAAUUCUUGGUUCAGAGAGGACCAAUUUGACUGAAAAUUCCAGCAAAUUCCCGUUACAUUAUCUAGUUUUUAACUAUUAUAGUAAGAACUGCCAGCUCUUUAUCUAAUCUCCCAUAAUGUAUCUUUAAUUAGUAGUUGAUUUGUAACGAGCUAAAUCCUCAAGAGAAUUGACGCGUUUCAACAUCACGUGGUAAAGAGACCUGUAGUAAGAGUCACAUCACGUGGUGUGGUAAAGAGACCUGUAGUAAGAGUCAACAUCAUGUGAUACGUUUCAUGAACUAAGAAAUGAAAUAAAGUUUAAUUAACGGCAUCUCGCUCUGUUCCAUUUGGGUUAAUGAAAACGGGGAAAUAUUUGUAUCUCUUUCUAAAGCAACCCUGGAAAUCAGGCACCUGUCACAGACAAUGUCAGACAUAGAUUCAGGCUUUGUCAGACACAAAACCGCUGGUGCCUGUCAUUUUGACCGGCACUGAUUUGUCUUUUUUAUUGAUAUUAUUAAUACAUGUACAUGUCCGACACUAAGUUGAAAAUUUGAGGUAAUAUUUCAUUAGUGCCUGACAUUUUGUCAGGUACAUCUAAAAUCGUUAUUUUCAGGCCUGCUCUAAAGGUCAUUGAAGGAAAAAAACCAAGGUCAUUGAAUUAAAUAAAUGCUGUUUUUUGUUGAUAAAUAAAUACUCAAUGCUUCUUGCAUGAAAACGACUUGUGACAAUACACAUGGACAUUGUGAAAUGUUGUUUAUAUUCUCUGGCUACAACGUGUUGUUUUUUAUGGUUUGUCACCAACUCUAAUAUUGUUUAUAAUAUUUACAUAUAUCCAAAUUGUUCUGUAUAAUUUCAAGCAUAAUGUUUAAUAUGUUAAAUAUUAUUAUAUCUCUGAUUAAUAUAUAUAUAUAUCUAUUGAAGAAUAAAGGGGGGGAGGGGCACGGUAUGAUUAUUAUAUAAACAGUGCUGCUGGAACCAAAUUCUACAAUAUAUAUUCACUAGUUAAGAUCUCAUCUAGUUAAUUAUUCAACUCAGUGUUGGAUUAAUCAUGUAUCUAGAUUAUAUAUCAAUUGCUUCAAGGUUAGGGCGGGGAUUAGCUCCCCACAGUCGUUUUACAUAUUCAUGAUUACAGAUUGAGUGACAGCUGUCAGCUAGGGUUAAG